AUGUUUGAGGUGAUUAGCAUUUUAUAGGUUUGUCACGAAAUUGAUUUUUUUUUCUCUCUCAUUCGUUUAUUGCUUGAUAUAGAUAAUGUCUCAAAUAAUGGAUCUUGUCUUGUUACAUAGAUAAUUUUAUUAUAAGAUUGGUAUUGAUGGUGAUCUUUUCACAUAUUCAUUAACCUGUUCAAAAUAAUUCGGAUUGAUAAACGAACUCGGCCCAAAAUAAGUAUUCUUACUCGGCCCAAACUAACGAAGACAGAACUUCAUACCCAUAGUUUUGUUGCUUUUUUGGAUUAUUCCAUUGUCGAAGAUGGUCACGUUUUUCUCUGGUGCAGGUUAUGUGUAGGAAUCAUUGGAAGCAGCUGCGCAUUGUCAGAUGCUCAGAACUCGACCCUCUUUGUGAAGAUUCUUGUGAUUGAGAUCUUCGGAAGCGCUCUCGGGUUGUUUGGAGUUAUUGUUGGGAUCAUUAUGUCCGCACAAGCAACAUGGCCAACCAAAUAGAUAUAAACCUGUCUGAAACUGUUGUGGUCUCUGGUAUCUUCAUUGUUAUAUAUAUGGAUGGAUACUCUCAUUAGUGUCUAGAAGAACAACCUGUGUGAGAACUCAGAAUCUCUUUUGGAUCCCUGAUUUUUUGUAUUGUUUAAAACUUUGUAAUAAAUUGGAGUCUUCAUGUUUGUAUUCUCGUUGGUUUCUCUUUGAGACAAAGACAAGAGCUUGGGUAUAUGAUUUGCUGUUGGUUAAUUACUGAAAUUGAAUAUUUCAUUCAGUUGAUAUAUCUAUGCCCUUGUGUUUCUAUUGUUCAUGAACUAGUCAAAGAUCUCCUCCAAUGAUGACUGCUCCUUUGAGAGUUGAGUCUCUCAAGGAUGAUUCCCCAUUCCUGGAGCUUUCAAAACAGAUGGUGUCUUGUUGUAUCUUUCUAGGGUUAGAACAGCUUUCUUUGCUUGCGUGUGUCCCAAGAUUCAAACUGCUGUCAUUUGAGUUUUUUAAUCUGUAGCAAAUCCAAAAUAGUGAUAUUGGUUUAAACGUAAGGAGCAGCUAUUUCGCAGGUUGUGAUGAAUGUAUCUCACCCAAUCUCUCUCUCUCUCUCCCUCCAUCAUUUUAUUUUUUCAAAUAUUGUCUCUCUCUCAAAACAGAAACAAAAAGAGAGAGAGAGAUCCGGUAAUAGAGUUUAUCCUCUUUCCUCCCUUCUCCCUUUCACCGUAUCUUUACUCUAAUCGGAUCUCUCACGUUGGUGGAUUUGCGUGCCUAUCACGGCGGCCAGGACCGUCUUUAGCUUUCUUCUUCUCCUCCACCUCCAGUUUUUGUUCAUCGGUCCAGAGCCAUUGCUGAUCCCUCUCAAGAUCAGCCAUGGAGGGAGUAGUAAACACACCCUUUGCGGGAAUCAUUCACGAUUUCAAAGGAAGAAGAAAGUGCUACAAACAAGACUGGCUUGCUGCCUUCAACUCUGGUGUUAGGAUACUGGCUCCAACUCUCUACAUUUUCAUUGCCUCUGCAUUGCCUGUGAUUGCCUUCGGCGAGCAGUUAAGCAGAGAGACAGAUCGAAGUCUUGGCAUAGUGGAAUCAUUAGCUUCCACAGCUAUUUGUGGAAUCAUCCAUUCUAUUUUUGGUGGACAACCUCUGUUGAUAGUAGGGGUUGCUGAGCCCACUAUUAUUAUGUAUACAUACCUUCACAGCUUCAGCAAAGGCAGGCCUGAACUGGGUCAGAAACUCUACUUAGCCUGGGCAGGAUGGGUGUGUGUCUGGACAGCUGUUUUGCUUAUCCUUCUUGCAACGUUAAACGCAUCAAACAUCAUUUCUAGAUUCACCAGAAUUGCAGGAGAGCUUUUUGGAAUGCUGAUAACCGUUCUGUUUUUCCAAGAGGCUGUUAAGGGAGUUCUCGGGGAGUUUCUUGUACCAAAAUCUGGAGAUCCAAGACUGGAAGUGUAUCAGUUUCAGUGGCGGUACACCAAUGGACUUCUUGCAGUUAUCUUCGCAUUUGGCCUUCUUUACACUGCUCUUAAAAGCAGGAGAGCAAGAUCAUGGAGAUAUGGCUUUAGGUGGAUGCGAGGUUUUAUCGGAGACUAUGGAACUCUCCUGAUGCUUGUGUUGUGGAGUGCGUUCUCCUUCACAGUCCCUAGAGAUAUUCCAGAAGGAGUUCCAAGAAGGCUCGAACUACCUCUUCCUUGGGACCCUGAGUCGUUGUAUCACUGGACAGUAGUCAAGGAUAUGGGAAAGGUCCCACCUCUUUUCAUUCUUGCUGCAUUUAUACCAGCAAUCAUGAUAGCAGGUCUAUACUUCUUUGAUCACUGUGUAUCUGCACAAAUGGCUCAGCAGAAGGAGUUUAAUCUGAAAAAUCCACCAGCUUAUCACUAUGACAUCUUUAUUUUAGGAAUCAUGACACUGAUCUGUGGAUUACUUGGACUUCCUCCUUCAAAUGGAGUCAUUCCACAGUCCCCUAUGCACACAAAGAGUCUUGCGGUUCUUAAGAGGCAGCAAAUGCGAAAGAAAAUGGUCCAGAAGGCCAAAGAAUGCAUGAAGGCAAAAGCAAGCAAGUCAGAGAUCUAUGGGAAGAUGCAAGAUGUGUUUAUAGAAAUGGAAACAUCACCCAAGGCUACCUCAGUGGUGAAAGAGCUAGAAAACUUGAAAGAAGCAGUGAUGAAAGCAGACGAUGGAGGAGGAGGAGGAGACACAAAGGGGAAGAAGUUUGAUCCGGAAGUACAUAUUGAAGAUCAUUUGCCUGUUAGAGUAAAUGAGCAGAGAGUGAGCAAUCUCUUGCAAUCAAUCCUUGUUGGAUUGUUGAUAUUCGCAGUACCACUUCUCAGAAUGAUACCAACUUCAGUUCUAUGGGGUUACUUCACUUACAUGGCUGUUGAUAGUCUCCCCGGGAACCAAUUCUGGGAAAGACUUUUGUUACUUUUCAUCACUCCUGGUCGUCGAUUCAAAGUUCUUGAAGGUUUACAUUCAUCAUUUAUGGAGAUUGUACCAUACAAGUCCAUUGUUAUGUUUACACUCUUCCAGCUUCUGUAUUUUCUGAUAUGUUAUGGAGUGACAUGGAUACCUGUAGGAGGGAUUCUGUUCCCUUUGCCAUUUUUCUUCCUCAUUGCAAUAAGACAAUACAUCCUCCCCAAGAUAUUUGAUCCAGCUCAUCUCCAAGUUUUAGAUUCUUCAGAGUAUGAAGAGAUGGCUGGUGCACCACAUAAUAUUCCUUUGAGUUCGGUAGAGAUCAUUGAGGACGAGUUUUACGAUGCAGAGAUUUUGGAUGAGAUUACUACUAGCAGAGGUGAACUCAAGCAUAGAACCUUAAGUGUCAGGGAGGGCAGAUCCCAAAUGGUGUAUCCGGAAAACAGUGGACAUUCCUAAGUCUUGUUACAUAUCUUUAAAAGAUGUUGCUCUCUAAUAAACUGCAGAUAAAAUGCAAGAAGAUGAGGCAAGAGAAGAAAGUAUGCAUAAACAAAGAUGAAGAAAAGCAAGUAUAGACCAACAAAACAUCCUCACUGUUUCUUCUAUGAAACAUUUUUUGUUUCCUCACUUUUGUUAUAGUUUGCUCUCUACAAACUUUACAGACGACAUAAGCAAAAGAAAAAAGUACAGAUUACAAUUCUCUCAUUUCUCUGCCUUUAGGACUAAAAAUAGUAAGUUUUGUUUACUUCCAUUUUGUUUGUUAGAAGUAAAAGCUGAGGAUGAUUAAACCUCUAUGUUGCAAAACGAGGCUUUUAAGAUAUCCCUGCCAUAAUGAGUCAUUGGUUGAGAAAAUCACUUUAUUCACCGCAAGAAGUUGCAUUUUUAUC